AUGGGAAAUGAGAGACAGAGCAAUGUGGCUGAGGAGGAGGAGGAGGAGAAGAAGUGGUGGUCGUCCAUAGGCUCCAUAUUCAUGCACGCAGAUGGAGUGGACAAGUGCUUGGUGGGUCUUGGCUUCUUUGGAGCGGUCGCUGAUGGCUUCUCUACGCCCCUCUUGCUCUAUGUCACCAGCCGGCUCAUGAACGACAUUGGCUUUGCUUCUUCUCUGGAUCCUGAGAUGUUUCGUCACAAGAUUAACAAGAAUGCACUGGUUCUCUUGUGCAUGGCCUGUGGAUUGUUAUUUGCUUGUUUUCUAGAAGGGUAUUGUUGGACCAGGACUGGUGAGAGGCAAGCCCAAAGAAUGAGAGCCAGAUACUUGAGAGCUGUGCUCAGGCAAGACGUGACCUACUUCGACAUGCAUGUGAUGAGCACGUCCGAGGUUGUCACCAGUGUAUCCAGUGAUAGUCUCGUGAUUCAGGACGUCCUAAGUGAGAAGGUCCCUAAUUUUCUUGUCAAUGCGUCGCUGUUCGUGGGGAGCUACAUAGUGGCAUUCCUGAUGUUGUGGAGACUGGCAAUAGUUGGGUUCCCCUUUGCUCUGCUCCUCAUAAUCCCGGGCAUGAUAUGUGGGAGGACUCUAAUAAUAAUUGCAAGAAAGAAAAGGGAAGAGUAUAAUAAGGCUGGAACGAUAGCAGAACAAGCGGUUUCUUCCAUCAGAACGGUUUAUGCCUUUGUCGGUGAGAGCAAAACGCUUUCCGAGUUUUCUAAAGCUCUUGAAGGAUCGGUGAAGCUGGGGCUGAGGCAGGGCCUGGCGAAAGGAUUGGCGAUUGGAAGCAACAGUAUUGUGUUUGCCAUUUGGUCUUUCAUGGCAUAUUAUGGUAGUAGGAUGGUCAUGUACCAUGGUUAUAAAGGCGGAACGGUUUAUGCUGUCGGCACUUCCAUUACUUUUGGCGGAAUGGCAUUGGGUUCUGCUUUAUCCAACCUCAAGUACUUCUCAGAAGCAUCUUCGGCAGGUGAGCGUAUAUCAGAGGUGAUGAAGAGAGUGCCCGUGAUUGAUCCGGAGAACAUGGAGGGGAACACCAUACAGAAUUUGGAAGGAAACAUUGAAUUUAAACACGUCGAGUUUGCAUAUCCAUCAAGACCUGAAAACAUCAUAUUCAGAGACUUCUCUCUCACGAUCCCAUCAGGAAAGACUCUAGCUCUGGUUGGUGGCAGUGGCUCGGGAAAAUCCACAGUGAUAUGGCUCCUGCAGAGGUUCUACAACCCUCUCAGUGGAGAGAUACUCCUCGAUGGGAUUGCCAUUAGUAAGCUGCAAAUUAAAUGGCUUAGAUCGCAGAUGGGACUAGUGAGCCAAGAGCCAACACUCUUUGCGACUAGCAUAAAGGAAAAUAUACUCUUCAGCAAGGAGGAUGCCAAGAUGGAGGAGGUAAUUGAAGCUGCUAAGGCUUCGAAUGCUCAUAACUUCAUCAGCCAGUUGCCUCAGGGGUACAAUACACAGGUAGGGGAUAGGGGCAUCCAAUUGUCAGGAGGGCAGAAGCAGAGAAUAGCUAUAGCACGAGCAAUCAUUAAAGCACCCAGGAUCCUCCUCCUCGAUGAAGCAACGAGUGCAUUAGACUCGGAAUCAGAGAAAAUCGUCCAAGAAGCACUCGAUCGAGCUUCCAUUGAUCGCACAACGAUCAUCAUUGCUCACCGGCUAUCUACUAUACGACAUGCCUAUAAUAUUGCCGUCAUUUGGAAUGGGCAAGUGAUAGAGACCGGCAAUUACGAAGAGCUAAUCCAGAGUGAAGACGGCCUCUAUACCUCAUUGGUCAAUCUUCAGAAAUCAGAGAAACAGAAACCGACAGAUCAAGUUAAGAAACCCGAGAUUCAAAUCACAUCUUCCAUAUUAAUCAUGGAUGGAAAUAGUGCUAGUAGCCACCCUAGCCUAUCCAAGGCAAGUCGUUCCAGCUCAGCGAGGUCCAUGGCAGCGGUCGUUUUGGAUGAUCAAAAGAUCCCGGUUCCAUCUUUCCGAAGAUUGAUAGCAUUGAAUAUGCCGGAGUGGAAACAAGUGAUCACAGGGUGCAUCAGCGCGAUCUUAUCCGGCGCAGUUCAACCAGCGUGUUCUUUCACCAUGGGCUCAAUGGUCUGGGUUUAUUUUUUGCAAGACCACGAGGAGAUUAAAGCAAAGAUAAGGAUUUAUGCAUUCCGCUUUCUGGGUUUGGCCGUGUUCUCGCUCUCAGUUAAUGUGAGCCAACAUUACAAUUUCGCUUUCAUGGGGGAGUACUUGACUAAGAGGAUCCGAGAGAAAAUGCUCUCUAACAUCCUAACUUUCGAAGUCGGAUGGUUCGACCAAGAUCAGAACUCCAGUGGUUCAGUUUGCUCUAGAUUUGCUAACGAUGCCAACGUGGUGAGAUCUUUGGUGGGUGACCAAAUGGCUCUUAUCGUGCAGACAUGCUCAGCUAUAAUAAUUGCCUUCACCAUGGGUCUGAUCAUAGCGUGGAGACUCGCCCUCGUAGUAAUAGCUUCGCAACCCCUUACUAUAGUCUGCUUCUUCACGAGACGAACGCUACUAAAGGCCAUGUCUGAGAAGGCCGGGAAGGCUCAAGACGAUAGCAGCAAGUUCACGGCGGACGCAGUCUCUAACCACCGAACUAUCACUUCCUUUUCUUCCCAAGAGCGCAUCCUCUAUAUGCUCAAGAAAACCCAGGAAGCCCCGGAACGAGAGAGCAUCCGGCAAUCGUGGUAUGCUGGUAUUGCACUAGCCACCGUGCAAUUCUUUACAAAGUGCGCUUGGGCUUUAGAUUUCUGGUACGGAGGCAAGUUGAUUUCGCAAGGGCAAAUCACAUCAAAAGAGCUCUUCGAGACUUUCUUGGUCUUGAUCAGCAUAGGCCGAGUGAUUGCAGAUGCUGGAAGCAUAACAACAGACCUUGCCAAGGGCUCAGACACGAUCAGGUCCGUGUUCACCAUAUUGGACCGGCAGACCAGAAUUGAACCUGAGGACAUGGAAAGUUACCAACCGAGACAAAUAACAGGCCUUGUAGAGUUUUGCAGGGUAGAUUUCGCAUACCCGGAAAGGCCGGAUGUCAUCAUCUUAAAGGACUUCUCAUUCAAUAUCGAAGUGGGGAAAUCGACCGCAUUAGUCGGACAAAGUGGAUCUGGAAAAUCGACCCUCAUUAGCUUGAUCGAAAGAUUCUACGAUCCAAUCAGAGGCGUGGUAAAAAUUGAUGGACGAGAUGUGAGAUCAUAUCACCUCAGGGCCUUAAGGAAGCAAAUUGCAUUGGUCAGUCAGGAACCGACUCUAUUCGCCGGCACGAUCAGAGAGAAUAUUGUCUACGGAAUAUCACUCGAGAUGAGUGAAACGGAAGUCGUUGAGGCUGCCCGGGCUGCGAACGCUCAUGACUUCAUAAUGGCAUUUAAAGACGGAUACCACACGUGGUGCGGGGACAAAGGGGUCCAGCUCUCCGGAGGGCAAAAGCAGAGAGUCGCCAUAGCUAGAGCUAUACUUCGAAACCCGACACUGCUGUUACUCGAUGAGGCGACUAGUGCGCUUGACAGCCAGUCGGAGGAGGUGGUGCAGGAUGCUCUGGAGCGCUUAAUGGUUGGACGAACCACACUGAUGAUCGCGCAUAGGUUGAGUACCAUACAAGCGUGCGACAUGAUUGCUGUGCUAGACAGAGGGAAGGUGGUGGAGAAGGGGAGCCAUUCUUCCUUGUUGGCUAAGGGUCCGGCUGGAGCGUACUACUCGCUCGUGAACCUCCAGAGAGCGUCGAGCAUAUCAGAAUGCAUCGAGUAAUGCACGAUGUGAAUGUGUUUAAAACAGGGGAAAGAAACCAUGGGAAAUGUUGUU